AAUCGAUAUCCCAAUUAGGUCAAUAUCUUUAAUUACUCAACUCACUGGCAUGAAAUAAAAUGCAAGAUUUUUACAUACUUGAUAACCAUUUCUGGAAAGUUUUGCAUGCUGUUUUGUGCUUUGUGACUGGUUUCAAAAAGAGGUUGUCCUUAAGUCAAUUGUGGAACUGUCCUUUUAGAUAUAUUAUUGAUGCUGGAGUUUGAGUGGAUAUUUUGCUAAAAUCUUUCCCUUACAGGAUACACAAAAAUUUCUAAGAAGCAGUGAAAAGAAACUUGGAAAAAUGAAGAUUCAACUCUUUCCUAAGCUAGCAACUGAAUGCUCCCUGUGGUUCUUGUUAAAAGAGGAAAGAGAAUCCCGGAAAUUGGUUUUACUAGUUGUGUUUGUGGCUUUGCUAGUAGACAAUAUGCUUUUCACAGUCGUAGUGCCAAUCAUCCCUUCAUUUCUAUAUGCUGCAUACAAAAAUAUCAGCCACUCUGCAAUUCAGGCCACACUUCCCAGGGUUCCUGUGCCUUUCUCAGCUAAUCCCUCUACCUUGGUCUUGUUGGACUAUGACAACAUCACAGUGACAGCCUCAAGCCGUGAUACUCUAGCCAGUGUCAGUGGGAGCCAAGAAGGAACAAUUGCCUCUCCUUUCCCCAUGGAGGCUUUGGACCAUAGUUGUGCAGAUGGAAUGGACUCUCUUUCAAAUGAAAAUGUUCGUGUUGGUCUCCUCUUUGCCUCAAAAGCUUUGAUGCAACUCAUAGCAAAUCCCUUUGUGGGAUCCUUGACCAACAGGAUAGGAUACCAUAUCCCUAUGUUUCUUGGAUUUGUUAUUAUGUUCGUCUCUACACUCUUGUUUGCUUUUUCAAGGAGUUACACCUUAAUGUUCAUUGCUCGAACGCUGCAAGGCUUUGGUUCUGCCUGCUCAUCUGUUGCAGGUCUGGGGAUGCUUGCAAGUGUGUAUCCCGAUGACUGUGAGAGGGGAAAUGCAAUGGGAAUAGCAUUGGGAGGUCUGGCUUUGGGAGUGCUUGUGGGAGCUCCAUUUGGAAGUGUGAUGUAUGAGUUUGUUGGGAAAUCAUCUCCUUUUCUGAUCCUGGCAGUCUUGGCUCUCUUAGAUGGAGUUUUGCAGCUUUGUAUCCUGCAUCCAACAAAGAUUUCACCCGAGAAUAUCAAAGGAACCUCCUUUUUGACCUUGUUGUGGGAUCCCUAUAUUUUGAUUGCAGCAGGUUCAAUUUGCUUUGGAAACAUGGGAGUUGCUAUUUUAGAGGCUACUUUGCCCAUUUGGAUGAUACAAAACAUGUGCUCCCCAGAAUGGCAACUGGGUGUAGCUUUUCUGCCUGCUAGUAUAUCUUAUUUAAUUGGGACCAAUCUCUUUGGGAUACUGGCGAAUAAAAUGGGGCGCUGGCUGUGUUCAUUGAUUGGGAUGAUGGUCAUAGGAGUCAGCCUCCUCUGUAUUCCCCUGGCUCAUAAUAUCUAUGGACUUAUUGGACCUAAUAGUGGACUUGGUUUUGCCCUUGGCAUGGUGGAUUCAUCAAUGAUGCCUAUCAUGGGAUACUUGGUGGAUCUUCGCCAUACUUCUGUUUAUGGCAGCAUCUAUGCCAUUGCUGAUGUGGCUUUCUGUCUGGGCUUUGCUAUUGGUCCCUCUACAGGCGGUGCUCUCAUACGAGCUAUUGGCUUCCCUUGGCUCAUGGCCAUCAUUGCAGGGAUCAACCUCGCAUAUGCGCCUCUGUGUUGGUUUCUACGAAACCCCCCAGCCAAAGAGGAGAAGACUGCAAUUCUAAGCCAUGAGUGUUCCAUGCAAUCCAGAAGUUCCAUCACUCAAAAGACCCUUCAAGAGUUUCCACUCACAGACAACACCGAUGAAGAAAUCGAGACUGAUUUCUAAAAAGAGGGAUCCACUUUUCCCUUUCUUUCU